UUGUGAUGACUUGUCAGAUGCAUUAGUUGAAAAGCUGAGAUAAGACGAGGAAGGAGGAGUAGAGAUAGGUUCAUGCUUUCGGAUUUCAACUGGCUAAAGCCAAGAGAGUUGUACUAAUAAAAGAUCAAACAAGGAAGGACCAUUGUUUAUCUGCAAGAUGACGAAAUCGUGGGUGCUUUUGUUUGUUCUCAUGUUCAUCGUGUUGACUUCUCAGUUAGAGUGGAAAGAGCAGCUUGAGAGUGAAAUUGAGGCUACUCGCUCCUUGAUUCAAUCAGAUAAAGAGCAACACCAUAUACCACACGGCAAAGAAUCUCUGCAAGAAAAGAAAAUUCUGUUACAAGAAAAGAAGAUUCAGAGGCUUAAUGACAUGGUCCAAGAUCUAAGGAGGCAGUUGGUGCAAUGCAGGAAUGAGAAUCAGGUUGAGUUGACUGAGCUAUUAACUGAGCUUGAUCAGCUGCCACUAAGUGGUGUGUAGUCCAUUUUUUGAGUUACAGAUAGAAGCUUUCUCUCAAGCACUUGACAAGCUUCAAAUGUUAAUCAAGAUUCUUUAAUCAACCCAAUACCCCUAAAAAGCCUUGUUUAUAAACACUGCACUUGAAAGUUCUGUGUACUUUGCUGGAGAAAUCAAAGAAGAGUGGUCCGUAUAGUGGAACUGCAUCAAGUGUGUGUAGCUAAGAAUGCUAUUGGAAUCUUUCUCUAUCUCUCUUGGUUUCGUUUAUCAUUGCACUGAAAGUGUUGGACUAAUGGGUGGACUCAAUAACUUGGACAUUUAUGUGAAGACCAGAGUCUGCAAAAAAAAAAAGAACAGGACGCACACAAACAAACAAACACUCAUGAAAUUGUUGUUAACGAGUAAUUUGUGCCCAAAACCAAUUACUAAUUUUAUU